UCUGUAGUUCUGUACUCUCUCUCUUUUUUUCAAUUCGCGUUCUGCCUUAUCAUCACUGAACAACACUAUCACCGGUUCACUCUCUCAAUUCUCAAACCAAAACUCAAUUCUACAUUCAUGCAUUCAUGUUACAGUUACAGUUACAGUUACAGUUACAACUACAUUCCGUUCAAAUUAAACCGUUUAACUCCCCGAACCGUACCGGUUCGAGCAACAGUUACUUCAUCGGAAAAGCGGUCCAGAAAGAAGAAACCGGCGAAAGAUGACGAACGUUCGCUCGAGAACAGUCUCCGGUUCAGUUUCAUGGAGGAACUCAUGAACCGAGCUAAGAACCGUGACUCAACCGGUGUUUCUCAAAUUAUGUAUGAUAUGAUUGCCGCUGGUUUGAAUCCCGGUCCAAGAUCGUUUCACGGUUUGGUAGUUUCGUAUGCUCUUAACGGUGAUGAACAAGCCGCGAUGGAUUCGCUGAGGAGAGAGUUAGGUGCAGGGCUUCGGCCGAUUCAUGAAACUUUCGUUACAUUGGUAAGAUUGUUUGGGUCUAAAGGCCAUGCUACUAAAGGUUUAGAGAUACUCGGAGCUAUGGAAAAGCUAAAUUAUGAUAUUCGUCAUGCUUGGCUAAUUCUUAUUGAGGAACUUGUUCGGAAUAAGCAUUUGGAAGAUGCAAACAAAGUGUUCUUGAAGGGCUCUAAGGGGGGCCUCAGGGCUACUGAUGAAGUUUAUGAUCUUCUAAUUGUGGAAGACUGCAAAGCGGGAGACCAUUCUAAUGCUUUAGAAAUUUCCUAUGAGAUGGAAGCUGCUGGACGAAUGGCAACAACGUUCCAUUUUAAUUGCCUCCUCUCUGUGCAGGCUACCUGCGGAAUACCUGAAAUAGCCUUUACAACAUUUGAGAACAUGGAAUAUGGAGAAGAUUAUAUGAAGCCUGAUACAGAAACAUACAAUUGGGUCAUUCAAGCGUAUACUAGAGCUGAUUCUUACGACAGAAUGCAAGAUGUUGCUGAGUUGCUUGGCAUGAUGGUUGAAGAUCAUAAGCGCAUACAGCCAAAUGUGAAGACCCAUGCGUUGUUAGUUGAGUGUUUUACCAAGUACUGUGUAGUACGAGAAGCUAUCAGGCAUUUCCGAGCACUUAAAAACUUCGAAGGGGGUACACAAGUUCUACAUAAUGAAGGGAACUAUGGAGAUCCUCUUUCUUUGUACCUUCGGGCAUUGUGUCGGGAAGGAAGGAUUACUGACAUGCUUGAAGCUUUAGAAGCUAUGGACAAAGAUAACAUGCAAAUCCCCUCGCGGGCAAUGAUCUUGAGCAGAAAAUACCGGACAUUAGUGAGCUCAUGGAUUGAACCUUUACAAGAGGAGGCUGGACUUGGUUAUGAGAUUGAUUAUAUUGCCAGAUAUGUUGAAGAAGGUGGCCUUACUGGAGAGCGCAAACGGUGGGUGCCUCGAGGUGGUAAAACACCUCUAGAUCCUGAUGUUGAAGGAUUUAUAUUUUCAAACCCAAUUGAAACCUCCUUCAAACAAAGAUGCCUUGAGGAGAGGAAGUUGUACCAUAGGAAGCUUCUGAAGAAGUUGCAGUAUGAAGGAAUUGUAGCUUUAGGUGAUGGUGUAUCUGAAUCUGAUUAUGUUAGAGUGCUCGAGUGGCUAAAGAAAAUCAUAAAGGGGCCUGAACAGAAUGCUUUAAAACCUAAGGCUGCUAGUAAAAUGCUUGUGAAUGAAUUGAAGGAAGAACUAGAAGCACAAGGUUUGCCUACUGAUGGAAACAGAAGUGUUCUUUACCAGCGUGUUCAGAAAGCACGGAGAAUAAAUCAAUCGCGUGGUCGGCCGCUUUGGGUUCCUCCCAUUGAAGAGGAGGAAGAAGAGGUGGAUGAAGAGCUGGAUGCGUUGAUUUCACGCAUAAAGCUGGAGGAAGGAAAUACAGAGUAUUGGAAACGUCGCUUCUUAGGAGAAGGUUUAAAUGCAUUGGUUGAAGGUAAAUCAGAGUCCCCUGAUGUUCAAGAUUAUAUUGAUGUUGGAGAGGAUGAUGCAAAAGAGGCUGUAGAUGAUGAUGAUGAUGAUGAUGAUGAUGAUGAGGAGGAGGAGGAGGAGGAGGAAGUAGAACAGGCAGAAGAGGAAGUUGAAGAACCAGUAGUAAGCCAAGAUGUAGAGAAGAUAAAGGAAAAGGAAAAGGAAGUUGAAGGGGAAAAGUCCCUUCAAAUGAUUGGAAUCCAGUUGUUGAAAGAUUCUGACCAACCCCCUACCACUUCUAAAAGGUUUAGAAGGAGAAGAACAUAUGAGGAUGAUGUCGACGAUGAUUGGUUUCCUUUGGAUAUAUUUGAGGCAUUUAAGGAAAUGAGGAAUCGAGGAUUUUUUGAUGUGUCAGACAUGUAUACCUUAGCAGAUGCUUGGGGAUGGACAUGGGAGAGAGAACUGAAGAACAAACAGCCUCAUAGAUGGUCACAGGAAUGGGAAGUCGAGCUGGCAAUCAAAGUUAUGCAGAAGGUCAUAAAAUUAGGAGGUACACCAACUAUUGGAGAUUGUGCCAUGAUCUUGCGUGCAGCUAUAAGAGCACCUCUACCUUCAGCUUUCUUGACAAUUUUGCAGACAACUCAUAGUCUUGGUUAUAAGUUUGGGAGACCGCUAUAUGAAGAGGUUAUCUCUCUCUGCCUUGAUCUUGGGGAACUAGAUGCAGCUGUUGCUGUUGUGGCAGACUUGGAGACCACGGGGAUCACGGUUUCAGACCAGACUCUGGACAGGGUGAUUUCUGGUAAAUAGGGGAUUGGCAGUGCUUCAAAUGGUGGUGACAUGGAUGCAGAAUUGUGAUACUAUACCUUCAUGUUGUACUAUUUUAAACGGGAAAAGGGAGUGGUAGUGGUUAAUUGUCUUGUAAUAAUAAUUAUUUCAUUGUUGUAAUCUAGUUCAAAUUUUGAGUAGAGCUGUUAAUGUAUAGCAUCAAAACCUGAAAACUAUCAAGUUUGUAGAUUUGUCAUGCUGCUUA